AUGUUUCAUUUCUAUAAGUCACACUGGCCUCUGCUGUUGUUUGCUGCUCUGUGGAGCCUCAGCUACCCGAGUUUGCUCACCGCCUGGCCGGGCAUCAGUCGCAGCAAGCCCAAGGAUCAGCUGGACCCCAAUGUGAGGGACUGGGGAGACUACUCAGACCUCCCUCCGGGCAUCGAGCAGGGGCUGGGGUUGGAUGAAGAACAUGGAGACAACAGAGGAGUUGGGGAGUCGUCGUCGAGCCUGGCUCCGGAGCUGGAUUUCCUCGCUGACUUUGCAGGUAAAAGGCGACUGUGGGUGAUAACGGCCCCAUCACACAAUGACAACUACCUUCGUAUGAUGGAGAAACAGCUGGAAGACACAGACCAGAAAGGGCUGAACUGCCGUCUAGCAGAAAGAGACACAUUCAUCAUCACCAUCAUCCAGAACGCCAGGAUGGAGGGUCGAAUCCAGAAAACAACUUUCCAAGGAGACGCCACAGUGGAGAGCCUGGACCCUGACACAGUUAGCAAACUGCUGCACUACCUUGAGCUUACCAGCCAGGAGUUCACCAUGCUUGUUCUGAAGAAGAACCUUCGGGUCAGUGAGCGCUUCCCUUAUCCGGUCCGUGUCGAGGCGGUGUUGGAGCUCAUUGAUCAGUUCCCCGUGAGGAAGCUGGAGAAGAUUACCAGAAAAGGAUCCAACUUGAGGUGUAAAACCACUAAAAAGAAGGUUGUGAUGAAAAGGAAAAGGAUGAAGAAGAAGGUGGUGCUGAGCCCUCAGAGCCGAGGCAACGUGACGUCUGUUGUGACAUUACAAAGAAGACCUCCCCUGGACAAAAAAGCUGCCCUGAGGAGUAAAAUCCAGGAUAUACUGAGCGGACGGUCGAGGUUUGUCAUCCGUAAGGCGCCUGCUGUGGGGUCUACGAAGGGAAAGGAUUCGAGCGGUGGUGGUCGGGGCAUUUCUAAUGGACUGGAAAGAGUGCACAGUCCCCCACCUGUGUCAAAGAGCAAUGAAGAAGUGGAGAAAGACAGGCCUGGCUCUGCCGUGGAAGAAGGGAAGAGAAGACAUGGAGGGAAAAACAGUGAAGAUAAAAAAGAGCAGAAUGUCAAGGAUGACACACGGGAAAAACCGAGCUCUAAGAAAAAGGGUAAAGGGAAAAAAGGGAAGAAAGGGAAAGGGAGAGGGAAGAAGUCAAACAGAGAGGCCAGUGAGAAGGACAAAACAGCCCUGAAGGAGUUUCUGGACAGUUUAAAGGGGACAAGAAGGUUAAUGUUGAUCUCAACGCCCAGCAGAGAUGCAACACUCUACAUCCAGCAGAAAGACGACAGCGAGAAGCAACACUGUGACCUCGCUAUUAGGAAGGUCACUGUGGCGACCGUUGUUGGAGAGGGAAGAGAUGCCACGCUCACGCUACAACACCACCAGCUCGAGUCGGAGCCUCCACUCAGUGACCAAUCAGAGCAUUUCUCAGAUUCAGGCCUGAUCUCUCUGUUGAGAGCAGAGCUCGGCCUGUCGUCCUCUGACCUCUUUUCCAUGACCGUCACAGACUACGACAUCAAGCCCAAUAGAGUCUUUGAGGCUCCUCCAUCACGUCCUGCUCUGUUCGAUUACAUUGACAACUUUCCCUCAAGGCGCUCAGAAAAAGAAAAGGAAAGGAGGAGUCCUCCAUCCUGCUCCAACGGAAAGCAAAAGCCUGGAGCUGAGAAUUCACUGCUCAGGUUCAUGUCUAAGAGGAGACUGCUGCUCAUCUCUGCUCCCUCUGAGGACGACUACUCCUUCCAACAGCAGCUCUCUGCUCUCAGGGGACAGGAGUGUCACCUGGGUAUUCGCCACUUCGCCAUGUUGAAACUGACUGGAACUGGAGACAAAGCAUCAGGAACUGUUGAACUAUUUCCCCUAAAUGGCCGCAGUCAGAGUGAAGUUGAGCCGUUGUCCCGUGACAUGGUCAACAAUCUGAGAGAGCAGCUGAAGAUCAGUAAGGACUAUUUCAGCAUGUUGGUGGUGGGGAAGGACAGCGAUGUCAAGGCGUGGUUCCCAUCACCCAUGUGGUCCCUGGACAGCAUCUACGACCUGGUGGACUCCAUGGAGCUGCGUCUGCAGGAGGAGAAGCUGCAGAAGAGACUGGGGAUCCACUGCCCUGAGGACAGAGGGAGAGGAGGCAGUGAGGGGGGGCAUUACCCCGGCUAUGAUGAAGACGGGGCGGACGACACGUAUUUGUAUCACCGGUCAGAGAAAUGAUGAGGAAGAAGGAGGAAGAAAAUGCAGGCGAAGUGAAGAAAGAGCUACCUAAAUUCUUGAGAUGAGCACAGCAAAGACGUCGCAAAGCUCAUCUUCAGGACUCAGGUCCAGGACUCACAUCUUCACAGACCCACAAUAAUAAGAUGAAUAUUUUAUGUUUGCAAGUAAUAAAUUUCAAAAGCAGAGCAGAAAUAUUGGCAUGGCUUAAUUAAAAAAAGGGAAAGCAUAUGUGCACUAUUCAACAGUUUUUUUUAUGUUAUUAUUUGUUGAUUACAGGAACAGUUUAACAAGAAGAAAGUCCAUCCGAGGCCGAGCAGAUUGUGCUUUUUGGCAACACUUCUGUCCACUCUUUUUCCAAACACAUUCACUGUGUAAAGUCCCUCCGUUGAAACGUUUUGAUGCUAAAUUUGAAGCUGUAGUAUAUAAACCAAACACAUGUUCUUUUCUUUAACUCUGAGCUAAACAUCUGUUUUUUAAAGAGCUGCAGUCUUGAGACAUCUCAGGGUCAGUAAAACAAAGAGUUUUUGAGGCUGGACUCAUCUCAUUUAGAAAAAAAUACAUAAUUUAACUUGUCUGCAAAGGCGUUCAGUUGUUGAAAAAACAACAUACCGUCAGUGUAACCAAAAAAUAUUUUUGUUUUUCUUAAUUUUUCUACCAUUAGACCGUGAAAUCAAACGCACAAACAUCAUUUUAUAAUAAGGAGAAUGUGAUUAAUGUCAUAUAGACAUAGACCAAUCCAAAGAGAACAGUGAAUAGUCAUGACAUUGACUGUACUGUAAAUAUCCUAAAGCAACGCUUAGUAAAGAUGAGAAGAUAUGCAGACUCAGUUCAGGGGAAAUGUAUCUGCGUGAGGAUGAACAUCACACAUGCCUAAAUGUGGAUGUUAGUUUCUGCAUUUGCAGCAGCAUCUUACGGUAAAAGGGAAGAAGAAGUAGGUAAUUAUAGGUUUGAAAAAACGCUGGUAGGCAAAUAACAUCAGAAUAACAACGAUGCUACAAAUGUUUAAAAAGUUUGAAAGUACCUGUGCAAAAACCUGUGGAACCUGCUGAUCACUGAGCCUCAUUUACACCAUAAAGACUUACACUGAAUCUGAGAGGCAAUAAAACACUAAAAGCUAAAUCCUCCAUACCGCAGUUUAUUAUAAAAGAUCAUAUGUGAUAAUUAAUUCAUUCUUUGACACUUGGCGCUUAGACUCUACAGGGAGAUUUGUAAUCGAGGGGCGUUUGAACACAGCAGGAGUUUAUACACAGAGGAGAAACUCUUUGGAGGAGGUGAAAUAAUGGAACAUAAAACCAGCUGACUCACUUUUAACAAAAAGAAGUCUGAUUGUAUAGAAGUCU